AACCCGGAGCGCGAAUCCGGCCUCACCGCGCAUGUCGACUUUCUCCUUUCUAUAAGAAGCUGCCGUUUCUGCUGCUCAUAUUUUUUUCGGAUCACCCUACUCAUGUGGAACACCAAGAAAAUAUCUUUGACAAAUCACAUUAACAUCAUGUCUAAACACGUCAUCAUUGUCGGCGCUGGCACCGCCGGUCUUGCCCUCGGCCAUGCCCUCCAGAAAGCCAAUGCCGACAUAUCUUUUGCCGUGUAUGAGCGUGAUCGCACUCGCUCCGAUGGUCUCUUUGGAUACAGAGUUGGAAUAUCACCCGAAGGCGCACGGUGCUUGGCCGCCUGCAUACCACCAGAGUUGUUCAAAAUCUUUCAGCAAACAACAGCACUUCCACCUGACAACCUCAACAUGCUUACAGAACAGCUACAGGAGCUUCUAUCCGUCAGCGGGCUUAGCAAGGUAGCUGAUGACAAAAUAGGAGCUGAAUAUUCCGUCAGCAGAAUGACUCUUCACCAAGUUCUAUUGACCGGCUUAGAAGAUAAGGUUCACUUUGACAAGAAUUUUGAACGAUACACGAACAACGCAGACGGUACUAUCACAGCAUACUUCAAGGAUGGCACCUUGGCUACCGGUGAUUUGCUGGUUGCGGCCGACGGUACAAAUUCAAAGAUUCGAAAGCAAUAUCUGCCACAGGCUACGCUGAGGGACUCUGGAAUUUACGGUCUUACCGCGAAGGUGCCGCUAAACGACGAGACGAGGAAACUACUCACGCCGAAGAUGAUACGAGGCGUCAAUUUGAUUAAUGCCCAACACGGUGAUAGCUGUAUUAUUCACGUGAUGGAAUUUCCCUGGGAUCACGAUGGCGAGCUGAAGAACAAUAUUGGCGGAAACGACCGAGAGCUACUGAAGAUGUGGCCAGGCGCAAACUUUGACAAUACUAACGACUACAUCCUCUUAGGAUUUGGAGGACACAAUGCCUAUCUCCCAAAGGAUAUCAUGUCGUUGGAUGGGCCGACUAUUCAUGCUUUAUUGCUCGAGCGAACUAAAACCUGGCACCCAAACCUCAAGAAGCUUUACGAGCUCUCGGAUCCGACGACCUGUUUCCCGAUAAAUAUUCGAACAACAGAUAGACUGGCGCCUUGGAAGAGUACCAAUAUUGCUCUGCUUGGUGAUGCUAUCCAUACUAUGACGCCUGGACUGGGUGUUGGUGCCAACACGGCGCUGCUAGAUGCAAAGAUUCUAGCCGAAAAUCUUACUCGUGUUGGUAAAGGCGAGAUGGAGCUUGUUGCUGCCGUUGCUGAGUAUGAGAAGCAAAUGCACACAUAUGCCUGGACCCGUGUCGAAAAAUCGCUAGAGAGAUUCAACGCCGACGAUGCUAUUUAUAAGCCGGGCUGGACGGGAUCGCUAGCCUUGAUGGGCAUGAGGCUUGGGAUGAGAUUUGCGAAUGCGCUGCCGCCAGUGAAGCGCAUGAUGUCGGAGCAAUUUACUAAAGAAAGAGGCAACAUUGAUGAGCGGGCGAAUUGAAAGAGGCUCAUUUGCUCUUGAUAUAAUCAGAAACACUCCUGUACUUUUAUAAUAAUAAAAAUUUCAUGUAUGAGUUACCGAAAUACACAGCCUUUUCCUCUCUACGAUGCACUUAGACCGUGGUUCCCACAUGACAACACCCCCCAAAAGCGGCACGG